GAAGUCUUCUGCGGGCGUGGGAGGUCCAAGCUCGAGAUAGCAUCUCUAAUGCCCUCAGAGGACUUAAACCUGAAAGCGACGUAAUCUUAAGGACCGCAACAUAACUUUCGAAGCCUGGAAGUGUCUGACAGUGCUACGACGACCGCUUCAUCAUGCCAUCGGACAAAGUCGACCUUCUCAUUUUGGGCGCCGGUUGGACCUCGACGUUUCUCAUCCCACUAUGCAGUGAACGACAAAUCUCGUACGCAGCGACUACCCGGGAUGGUCGUGAAGGCACUAUACCGUUCAUAUUCGAUCCCGAGUCUGACGACACAACACCGUUCUCGUCGUUGCCCCACGCUGAUACUGUGCUGAUCGUCUUCCCAAUUCGAAUCAGCGGGGGAUCGGAGAGGUUAGUUAGGGACUAUCAGAAGACGCAUAAUGGGGCGAGAACGGGGUUCAUUCAACUGGGGUCAACAGGGAUAUGGGACAAAGGACCUACUCUGAAGUCCGAUACACAAGUACAUACUGCAGAAAUUCAACCGAACACUGUCUGGCAUGACAGGCACUCUCCAUUCGACUCCUCCAACCCUCGUGCACAGGCCGAGACAGAGCUGAUAACCCUUUCGCCCGAUACGCCAACGACAGUGCUCAAUCUGUGCGGUCUUUGGGGCGGGAGCAGACACCCGCGGAACUGGGUGAACCGUGUUGCCCCUACGAAGGAAGCCCUCAAGGCUAAGGGCAGCAUCCACCUGAUCCACGGCCUCGACGUCGCCCGGGCAAUCUUGGCAGUCCACUCCCAGUUUUCCAAGGCCGCAGGCGAGCGCUGGCUCCUCACCGACGAGCGCGUGUACGACUGGUGGGACCUCGCGUCCGCAUGGGGGUCCGGCGGCCUCUCCGAAAAGGGGGAGUCCCCGAGCGGGCCGCAGCCUGGAUGGGUGCAGGAGCUGAUGGAGGAAGGCGGUAUCAAGGCGUUGCCGAGGAGCCCUGAGCAGAUCGGGCGGGCGCUGGAUGGGAGGGAGUUUUGGAGGACGUUCGGGCUGUCCCCGGUGAAAGCGAGGCUAGAAGAUUGAGUCGUGGUCUUUCGAGUAAGUCUGUCUCGGGUAUCUGGUACUUAAGCUUGUGUGUAGCACCGGGAUAUCGCAGCUUCUUGUGGGCCGCG